AUGGUUCUAAUCUUCCGCCAGCUCGGUCGCCUAGCCCACUUCACCUUCGACGCAGUCCUGCUCUCCGCCUUCCUCGCUGGCGUCAAGCGAUCAACAGGUCUUACCCUCAAAUCCGAAUCCUUGAGCGAAUCACCCAGUGUCAAGAAGUGGAUUGAGAAUUAUCUCUGGGUCGGCGAGACGAUCAUGGAUCAGAGCGUGGCCAUCAUGAGCUCGAGUGGAUAUUUUGAGAGGAAGAGGUAA